UCCUCCAUAAAACAAUCUUUUUGUGCAGCAAAACAAAAGAAAGUUGAUCCGGAGAGAUGUACAAGAACCAGCUGCAGGAGCUGGCGCAGAGGAGCUGCUUCAGCCUUCCAUCCUACACCUGCAUAAGAGAGGGCCCCGACCACGCGCCGCGCUUCAAGGCCCUCGUCAACUUCAACGGCGACACCUUCGAGAGCCCCCACUUCUGCUCCAACCUCCGCCUCGCCGAGCACGCCGCCGCCGAGGCCGCCCUCACCUCCCUCUCCUCCCAUUCCCUCGCCGCCCGCAUCCUCGAUGAAACAGGGGUUUAUAAGAACCUCCUGCAAGAGAUUGCGCAGAGAGUUGGAUCACUGUUGCCUCGCUACACAAUUUGUCGAUCCGGUUUAGGACAUCUACCCGUCUUCACGGGAAUCGUGGAAUUGGCAGGAAUCACGUUUCAGGGAGAACCUGCUAAGAAUAAAAAGCAAGCAGAGAAGAAUGCUGCACUGGCAGCUUGGCUGUCAUUAAAACAAUUGGCACAGAAAGAUGCAGGCUCUUCACUUGAACACGAAAAUAAUGAGGAACAGGAACAGAUAAAAAUAGCAAGGGCCUUGCAGAACUACCGGAUGAAGGAAAGGAUAAGUGUGGCUAACUCAAGGAACAUCACAGUACCAUUUCUACAAAACAAUUCAGUUCCAACUCCUCGUCCCUCUAGUCCACAGCGCCCUCCAAUGUCCGUAUCCAAAAUCCUCCCUUUAUUCUGCCAGAAAACUGCUUCUCGGAGCAGGCCAUCAUCGUCUAUCAUAAACAACACAACAUCUUCGCGUCCUCCAUCACCAGAAGUUGGGACUACACAUACUCAGAGAUAUCCUACUAUUGGGGCAGCUCCUUACAUACCUGUCAACCAAUACAGGACACCUUACCACGGGAUUGCUCCGCCCGUUACAAUGAGAACAGCAGUGCCAGUUUUCUCAGCACCACCACUUCCACCACCUGCUGCCCAGGUGAUGCAUCGCCGACCAAGUGGAGUAGUCCCACCAGUACGUAUAAGGCAGGCCGUUCCUGUUUUCUCAGCCCCACCAGCCCUUAAACCACCAUCUGUCUCAGCUGCUGCAGCUGACAGAACUUGUGAUGUUGAUGAAUCUACUGCCAUCAAAUGCUUGGAGCAACUCGAGAUUUGACUCUACGUGUAGACACGACACAGCAGAGAGAGGGCAUUUUGUCAAAAUGUUCCACUUCAAGGACACCGACCCAUCGAAGUAAAUGACCAUUUGAUGGAUCCAACCAAACAAAUAUUUUGGUGGGACCGGCCCUGCACACCUUUGACCCAAUUUGGAUUAAGGAGGCACAAAUGCACUGGCCCAGAGAGAGAGAGAGGGGGGAAUGUCAAUCCCUUCAAAUGCACUGGUCACGGGAUGAACUUUGUUUAAUACAUCAUGCACCUUUGAUUGUAUUUGUACCUUUUAACAACGAACUUAUCAUCUCUCUCAUGCCUACUCAAUCUUUGUUCUCUUCA